GCAGCCUCUUAUUUUGUCAUUAUGAUUGGCUGCGAUCCGAAAAUUAAAUGCCGACUCUUUUGUCAGCUGUGCGGCUGUCCUGCGCUAGCCUGGUACCUCUAACACUUGUUGCCGCCUGAGCACCGUCCCGACGCCUGCCAGCAAGGUCUCCUUGGCAAUGGGCAGCAGCCUCAGCGACAGCCUGAUUCGGCUUCGGCGCUUCCUUCGCACGGGCCUUGAGGGCGGCCGCUACCACGCCGGCGGAGUGGGCGGAGCUGGGGCCAAGUUUUCGAGCGAGUCUGCACCGACAGUUCAUGCGAUGGUUGAGGGACCGAUGGCCUACUUGGUGAUAGAGCAGCUGCGCCUCGUUCUGCAAUCCAAUCAGAAUUCUCAUUGGCAGUCAGCAUGCCCGGAGGCCAUAGCAUAUUCGCUGGCACUCUGUGCAGCCUCGGACCAUCGACCGACCAAGGCAGCUGCUUACACGUUUUUCCCGGAGGUGUGCAAGCCCCCUACUCUGCUUUUUGCGGUUACCCGCUAUCUGGAGCAGGUGAGCGAGGGGACGGGCUGGGGCCGCGCCCACCGCCGAGCUGUGGCCCACUGGUACUCGGCUAUAGAGUACAGCAAUGCCCGGGAGCUGGCAGUGCAGACAACGCGUGUAGUGCGGCGCCACCGGUGGACGCACGCCGAUCUGCUGCGGCUUGCACAUGUAAGACCAACCCAGCAGAAGCCAGGUGUCGACGUGCUGCUCCGCUACCUGACGCGCGGCCUUCCAGCAGCCAUCAAGAUGGUGGAAGAGAGGGAAGCAGAAGGAGGCAGCGUGGAGGAUGAGGCUCGGGACGUCCUGGCCUACCUGCAGGCAGUGCACGAGGUGCGGCACACCAAAGAUGAACAGGUGGCGGCCCGCCUCAUGGAAGAGCACCAGCUCGCCCUAGAGCAUGUGCCCUCACACCUGCUCGGCUCCAAGGAGGUGUGGAUGUACCUGGUGCGCCAUAUGCCCCUGCAUGAAUUGGUGGCACAGGUGCCGCGGUUGUCAAGGGCAGGACUGCUGGCACGAGGUCCCCUAGUGGGGGCGCUGCGGGAGCGUCUACAGUCAGCCUGUGAGGUGGACCCCCCUCAGUUGGGACCUCUGGAGACGUAUGCCCUCAAGCGCAACCUGGAGGCUGGACGCCCCAAGCACCACAACCACCACCACCGAUCGUCGUCAUCGCACCAGCUGGAUGAUGUUGUGGCUGCCCUUCAUGAGUAUUCGUACAGGGCAGUGCCACCAAUAGGAAGGCGCUACCUAGUGGCUGUGGAUGUCCGUGGCCCCAUGACCCAUGGGCGCGCCCGUGGUCUUGAUGGGCUGACGCCUGCAGAGGUGUCCGCACUGCUUCUACGAGCACUGGUACGCUCAAGGGACGUGAUCACCGCAGUGGCCUUCUCCGCAAGGGGCCUAACACCACUCGAGUUGGACGGCCAGAUGAGUUUGGCCGACAUCAGCCAACGCUUGCGCGAGACACCCAUGGGCCCGGUGGAUUUGUCGCUUCCGCUGCGGUGGGCCUGUGAGCAAAAGCAGGUAUUUGACCUGGUGGUGGUGUGCACCGACAACCAGACCCAGAGCUGGUCCGUCCAUCCUGCUCAGGCCCUGAAGGAGUACCGGGAGAGCUGCAACUUUCGUGGUAUCAAGUUCGCAGUGUGUGCCAUGUGCAGCCAGGGCUUCUCGCUGGCACCUCCUGACGAUCUGGGCAUGCUGUACAUCGCAGGCUGUGACUUCCGCACCAUUCACCUGAUACAGGAUUUUGCUGCAGGCGUCUUCUGAGCUCCCGUCCUUUCCUUUCCCGUUUCAUCAUAGCUUCGAGUUCAUCUCCUGGAAAAUCUGAACAAGACAGCAGUCCAAGCUUGUUCCCUGUGCCCCUCCGCAGCACUUCCCUUGGCAGGCACUCCUAUGGCCCCGUCAGAAAGGCACGGUUCUGGUGUCGUCUCCUACCUGAACGGCAAGAGCAACUUCUGAUGACAUAGCCGUUCUGUUGCUGACCCAAGCGCAAAAUGGGCACGUAACUUCGUCCUCACAUUUUUUCCUUCCUUCUGUCAUUCCGCAUGGUACGAGUCCUGACAAAUGUUUAUCGAAUGGCGAAAGCACUGAGAUGGUAACAAAAAGCUUGACGAGCAGGCAACACAGCAGUGCGUGCUUGUUGUGCCAUUCUUUAGAAUGUUGUAGACUUCUUAAUUAAUCCCAGUAAGACUGGUUGUUCUCAGGAAAAUGGAGGCUUGGAAGUGAUCGUCAUUGGCUGGAGCAAGUGUUUUGGCAAGGUUACGCGCCUUCAUCAGGCCACAAAACAUAAAUACUGCCAUAAAUGUACAUAAAUGCUGCCAAGAAGACUGCUAACACAUUGCAUUGGAUUUUUUUGGCUUUUCAUUAUGCGAUACCAGUGCUAGGUAACGAGACACGAGACGAGACGUGUCGUAUCACAUUUGUUUUGCGUCCCGUUUCCUAGCUCUGGUAUCGGAUAACUGCCACGAAAAGCAGUUCUUGCCCUCAUGAAGAUAGGUCCCCUUGUCGAAAUGUUUGCUCUAGCUGGCUUUCCUUGUUUUCUUAUUGUUAACCAUUCUCUUCUUCAUGCAUUAGUUGCUCUGAAGGCGUUUACUCAGUUUGGGAAUUGUGUGGAUCGCGAUCACCUUCUCUACUACAAGGCAUGGGAGCCACAAAGCAAACUCUCGGCAUCAGCUCGAUAGAUGUCUUUCAGUAAAAGCAUCAAGAGAAAUACAAAAUGAGGCAAAAAACAAUGAAGAAGGAAGCAUAAGGAGAAAUCAUUGCCAAUCUGAUUGCGAUGAAUACAAGUGAAACAUGUACAUCACUUAAUGUAACCUAGCUUGCGGGUUCCAAGUUUGCAUGUAAGUACAGUACAGACCACUUAUAACGUAACCGCUUAUAGUGCAGGACCGGUUAUAGUGCGGUCUUUUCAGACUCCCGUUAAUUUUCCCAUAGCACUCCAUGUAUACACGUAUCGCUUAUAGUGCAGUUGCGGGAAACAAAAUACCGGUUACAGUGCGGCUGCCUGGGAGUACGGAAGUCAGCGGAGACGGCGGAGACGGCGAACGCUCCCCUCAAACGAGCGCCCCAAGGAGUGCCCGAGGAAGAAAGAGAGACAAAGUGGAGGAGAAGGGCACGUGGUGCGAACGAACAUCCAGUGAGGCUGAAACCAGAAUCUUGAGUGCGAGUCGAGUCAUGAAAUAUCACGGCGUGCAUAGCGAGCGAGGACCACGAAGCGGCCAACCCUCGCUUCACGAUAACGGCAGUAAACGAAACUUCAGCGAGCGAGCGGGCGGCGCCGGCACGGCACGGCGAAGGGCACAUGCGGAGACCGUGGAAUGUGAGGGAGGAGGGGUGUCAGGGAAGCGGAUUUCGCCUCGGCAACUCCACCGCUUCGGUGGCUCCCCUCGCCCUCCCUCGUAGCUCCCUCACUUUCGACUGUCAUCGUGCGCGCCCGCCGCCAUGCAAGCAACGCCGCUACAGACGGCCCAGCGCCAGCUCCCCGAAGUUUCGUUUUCUGCCGUUUUCGGGAAGCGGGCGUUUGCCGGCGUCGGCAGUUUCGGGCAGCGCCGUUGCUUCCCUCUGCACCGUAGCCGCAGCGUGCAAGGUCAACACGCGACUAGAAAGUAGAGAAAGCAUAAAGGAGAAAGCAGGGUUCACUGCCAUUUUCUACGCGUGGCUACGGUAGCGUGGCUGAGACGUCGGCACGUACACGCAUGUUCCGGCGCAACGCAGAAUCGGUGACCUUGCCAUUUGAGAGACGGUGGAAUUUCCGCCGCGUUUUUUUUUCUCUUUUUUUUUGUUUUUGUUUUGUUCGCGCGCGACAUUGAAGGGUCUCUCCUAAGCUUUUACUCUAUGGCGGUGCCGGAGCAAUGCCGGUCGGAGGCGCCGCUGCGUGAUUUGGUUCGAAUUAACGAGAUUCAACUGUAAAUUGAAUGCAACCGGUCUAGCCACAUUCCUCGACUGUCGCAUACGCGUGGCGGCUCGGUGCACAUGUUUUGCAUAUGUGCUGGCCUUGAAAAUUGUUGGUUUGGUUAUAGUGCGGUACCGCUUAUAGUGCGGAUAUUUGCGACUCUGGCAACUUACGUUAUAAGCGGUCUACACUGCAGCUCUUAUUUUUCAGUAGCGUCUACCUGAAACAUGGCCUUGGUGCAGCCACUAUAAAUGCUGACUUUUGUUUGAUGUGUCCUGCCAUGAUCAAAGGAAGAAGACCUGCUUGGUGUUUAAAAUGAGAAAGAGGAGUUUAGAGGAAGUUCCAUAACAGAAAAAAUUUCUAUGCAGCUGAAUGUAGCACUGGCACAAAGGGACCCAUUGAAGAGGGCUUGCUUGACAUACAUGCAAUUGCUUGACAUACACAAAUAUAUUGGUCCAUCUAGUAACACUCUGCAGAACCACGAAUGGUGCUGGAUAACCAGCUGCCUACAAAAUGCUUCACAUAGCAUUUCCACAGCACAUGACAUGUGCAUUUCUUUUUUGUUUCAUUAAAAUUUAUGCCAGUCAUACUACUUUUACUAGAAAUCUAUGCUUGACGUGAAGCGAUUCAAGAAGCGAAAUCUGUAAAUGAAUGCCAGUAAGUUCAAUGAAAAAUGCACUAUGACUGAGCUUGACGCAACCAUGGCUGUUCUGCAGAGUUCUGCUAUAUUUACCCGAAUAGUGACUCUGCAUUAGCAGAAAGUUGUACAUGCACACUCCACCCCUUCCUACCCCUCGACCCAUAAUGAUCUAAGGCAUGUGUGUCGCUACACAAUGGUUCAGUGACAUGCAGUUACUGAAAUUGCAAGUCAUGGAAUCGUUGUGGGAGUGCACUACCUGUGGAAUUGCAAGACCUGGUGAAAUUUUCAAUGUGGUUGCCAUGUGCCAAACUUGCUUGUAGCGCCAGCCUACAUUUAAAAUGACAUUGCACUUUUGAACCGAUACUAGUAAUCGCUCUGCUUGAUAACCCAGAAAAUGAGAUGGCAUCUGCAUUACAAGUUUGUUAUGCUCUUACACGUCUACACAGUAAGUCAGAAUUGUACGCGAGUGUGGCACGAUCACAUUUCACCAGGGUUUGACCCCUUGUAGCCUCACAUAACCAGAACCUUGUUUGCUGUGUAGAAACACAUUAUUACUUUGAAUGACAAAGGCUCUCAUAGAUGGUGAAAUCUUUGUAGAAGCUUUGUGCCUACUUGCAAUUUCACUGGACAUCACGUGGCGUAUGUCCCAUUGGCUGGUACGCGUGCGGACUGCAAUCCAAGCAUCGUGUAAUGAUCUUGUGUGUACUGUCCAGAAAUUGUCACGCUUCCAGUUUGUAUUGUGUUGUUCACAGAACUGCUACACUCGCAAGAAAUGUUUACACCUUUUGGGCUGUAUCUCGUCCCCAAACAAUAAUUGUCAUCUGUCUUGCUUGCGUUUCCUUUCUUGAAAACUCUGCUCUUGCUACUUUCUUAUCAAGAAUGCUAUGUCACGCUGAUAACGCGCAUGUUGUUCAUGACCUGGAAGUACCAGGUGUGCAGUAUUAAAGAAAAGAAAGACAUGCAAGAUAGCUGGCAAUUAUUGCUUGGGGACGAGAUAAACUCCAAAGGGGUGCAAACUUACAGUGUACACUUAAAAAAGUUUGCACCCUUUGGGGCUUAUCUUUUCCCACAACAAUAAUCGUCAUCUGCUUUGCUUGCAUUUUCAUUCUUGAAAACUCUGCGCUUGCUACUUUCCUGUCGGUAAUGGUAUUUCAUGCUGAUGACCCACAUGUCGUUCAUGGCCUGGAAGUACCGAGCAUGCAGGGUUGAAGAAAGGAAAGACACACAAGACAGUGAUGAUUAUUGUUACGGGACAAGAUAGGCCCCAAACGGUGGAAACUUUAAGAGUGUAGCCUCGUGAAUGCCGCAUGAAUAUUUGGUUACCUUUAAUUCCGCGCGUACUGUUCACUUGCUGUUUUUGCUUAUCUUUUGACUCAUUUGAGAGUCUCUUCAUUGUGUGGCUAUUAUCCAUACGCUCCUUUGUUUACUUGCUGGUGUCAGAUUUUUUUUUUUUUUUUUUUUGCAACCCAGGGGAAGAAGAUUUUUGGUAUACCAGGGAUGAACACGGUGUAGACUAAUGCAGCUUACCACUGCUGCCACGUUUUCACGACAUGAGCAGCGCCACCUGUUGCGAUGUCUGCAGAGAAGUGCACUUCACACUGUCAUGCAAUAACCAUGCAGUAUAUCAUGAGCCCUUACGGGUAGUAAUAUUAGUGCGAAAGCAGUCAUAUUCAAACUGACAUGAACGGCGAUGAAGGAUACUAACUCCGAUUCUUUUGGGUGGCCUCUGCGUUUAUUUGUGAGAUGUGACAGCACAGAAAGUGUAGCCUAGUGACAUCUGCAGCAGAUGGCGCUACUCGUGGUUUAUGAUAUGGCAGUGCCCUGUCGUGGUGCUCUGGUGUUCAGAAAGCUAUACAUAUUCAUGUAGUGCAUAAUGUCUCUGUAUUCUUUGCAUGUGUUAUUUAUUAUGGUUUUAGUGCGAUGCAUGCAAUCUUCUGUCGCAUUUUGAUGGGUUUUGCAUCAUAGUGUUUCCUGUUUAUACAUACAUAUAUAUUCUCUCCUCGUGUGUUUGUUAUGGGUGUUGAAUCGAGCCCUUGCCGUGUCAACCAUUAUUUGCACUGGCAAAUGCCCAUAUUAUGAACUUGGCUGAACUGUUUUAGCUGAGUGUUUUUCUGGUUUGUUUAUUGCUGUUUCGAAUGCCAUUUGCUGGAAUGAAUUGGCCUGCACUGCAAUGGAAGGGUAUGCGAAAUAGCUUACAAAGAGAAACCCCACUGCUCCUUAACUUUGUUACACAUCUUGCAUUUUGCCUGAGGUUGUUUUAAUGAAAUUGCCCAUUGAGCCAUUGUUUACGUUUGGCAUGCAUUUCGAACUGAUCUUGCGAAAAGGGUAACAUGAUUUCGAUGCGUGCAAGAGCACGUCAGGACUUAUGGUGCGAUUUCUGACCGACAGUUGCCUAUCGAAGCAAGAUAAUAUGCAAAAUGUCAGCUGUCGGUACUCUGUUGAAUAUUGCGCAUCCAGCCAUCUAUCUCUUGAAAGUCACAUAUUAAUCCGAUGGCUUGCUGUAGUGCCCAAAGCAGCGUUUUGUUCUGCAUACAUGUAUACAGCGUGAGCAGACAAAGGACCCGUUUUGCGGUAGUCUUGUUGUCGUAGCCUUCAUCUUUGUCAGCUUGUGCUACAGCUCGCCCACUAGCCCAAAGAAAUUUUGCUAGCUGUGAUGUUCUGCAUGCUCUCAUGAACAGAGCAGAAGCCAUGCACUAUGACUGAGCAUGGCUUGCAUGCACAUCUGAACCAACCAGGUGCACAAGCAGGCAGCCGGGACAUUAGACUCGGUGUUAAGUGAUCAUUGCAAAUACAAUAUCUAAAGCAAUUAUCUUUAACAUAUUGUUGCUUGAUUGACAAACGUGGAGAAGCAAGAAGAAAAAAAAACAUGGCAUUCUGAAGUUGAUGUUGGGAAUCAUUGCAGCUACAUACAGUCGAACCCGAAUACUUAUAUCAAAUCUGAAGGAGAUCACAAAAAAGUUUGAUAUAUAGGUAUUUCGAUAUAUAAAAUAAAAAUUGUAUACAAAAGCUUUCAAGGGGAUUUUACUGCUGUUCAUUGUACACAAUAAUUCGUUAUAUGUAGGUUUGAUAUAUCCGGGUUUGACUGUAAUUGCUUUAAUAUUUGGUCAUCAUUGUAGUAGCUUGUAUUUCGCUGCUGUUACAAAUUAAUUUAGACUGUGCUAGAGUUUUACAAUGUAGAGAUCCUUUUAAAAACAGUUUCACGUAGCACUACAAGUUUUAAACUUUGCUGUCUUGCAAAUGUUUUAGUUCUUAAACUGUUUGGUAUUUUAUGAAUAUUUCAGUGUAUUCUGGCCUGAUAUUUCAUUAAUGCUGUUGUAUGGCAUAGGCAUAUAGAUAACAAGCUGUUCUUUUUUUCUAAGGCAGCAUUGAUUAGCAGUGUGUUUCGUUGCUUAGAAUUAUGAUACUGGUACUGUAAGCUCAGACAGGUUGUAAGUAUGCAUGAACAGUCUGUGGCUAAAGUGGCAACAUUUUUUAUGCCAAGUUUGCAUGCUUAAAGGGACACUAAAUAUGACAUCAUGCUUGAUUUGAGGAUCACCUUCCUGAAGUAGCGAACAGGACUUUCAUUGAAAUCAGAAGUAUGGAAUGCCAGAACACAACAUACAGUAGACACCCUAUUAAACAGAAGAUCUUUGCAAAGCUUUUAACAUUAUUGGAAGGUACAGUGGCAUAUGAUGUUACUCUACACAGCACAAGGACAUGGUUUUGGUUCCUGGCUGCCUGGGCUGCAUUUCUCUAAAGCUGGAAUGCAAAAAUGCUCAUUUACUUUAGCACAUCAAUAAACACAAAUAGCCUCUGAAUAAACAAGUGUGUGCGAUCCCUUAACUGGUAAAUUAAUAUUUCAUAAACAUCCAUGCUCUUAUUACACUUUCGUUGGCAUAUUCUUACCACACAGGAGAUAGUAUACUGAACUCAUCAUGAUAGUCAGGUGAGUGACACGCACCACACGUACACCGUAUGAAACGACAAUGCAUUCUUUAAUGUUUUCCUCAUUCUGUAGUCGCAUCGAGCACUAGUUAAGCAUGCAGUCCCCACUGAUAAGGUGACAGAGUUGCAGGUCAUCAAAAUAGAUCGAUAUGCUUCCUACAACAUCCCUCUGUGCAGCGUUGGGACUCCAAAUGCCGUUAAUUAAUCAGUCUUAUUGAAAGUGCAGCUGAACAGAAGUGUAUUAAUGAAUCUGUGGGAACUACCAUAUUUACUCGAUUGUAACGCGCCCUCGAUUGUAACAGCGGUUCCGUGACGACAAAAAAAAAUGUCCUUUACAGUACCGCGCACCUCAUGCUUUCAAACAGAAGUAAAACUUUCUCUCAUUUGAAAAAACAGAUUUCCUCCCGAUGCACUGAAGUUGCGAUAAAUAAAAAUUUUGCAGUUUCGCCCGAAAGGCGAAGCAUCGAAUGCAAUAGCAAAUUAGUAGACCGUUAUACGAAGUAAGGAUAGCAGUUUUAUCGGCCGUAUAAAGUUGCAAACAUUCGCUUACUAAAUAAAUUAACAAGCACGGUGUCACGCGCGCACGAGCAAACAUGAACACAUCUCGCUCGUUGACCACAGAAACGAACUGUCAAAACGCUUGAGUGACGAAGCGCGGCAAGCGAAUUAACCUUUGCGCUAUCAUGCCUCUCGCUUAAAUGCGACCUAUAAGCGGCAAAAACACGGCGCUACGGCGGACUUUCGCCAUCGCAGAUUGCUUUCAAGAUAGGGCCAAGGCGAUCGUAUCACCGAAGUGGAUAGUCGCAGAUUACGUCCUGCUUCAGUCCACUGAAACCGUUCCGCAUUGCUUUGCUGGCGAAAAUCCUCUCCUUCUGUUUGCGCCAGUCCCGAACCCAAGUUUCUGAUUCUCCGAACGCCCGUGAUGUAGCCCGAUUUCCGUCCGUCUCUGCACACAUGAUCACUUUCCUUUUAAAUGCGGCAUCCUGAUGAACUCGGUACUUCAUGCUGAUAGAGCGGAUGCAGAGAACGUGAAGACAGACGGUAGACUAUUGCCUAAGCCCGUGUACUGCAGCACAUGGAGGAAGCUACAUACGGUAGACUAGGCUCGAGAGCAGCUAGGCUCGACGUGCGUGCAAGGCGGCCAUUUUGAAAUGCCGACAGCUAUAUGGCGACACAGAUUUAGGGUCGUACUGGAUUCUAACGCGCAUGCAAUUUUUGGACCUGUUUUAUCGGGAAAAAAGUGCACGUUAGAUUCUAGUAAAUAUGGUAAAUGAAGACCACCAUUGCUAGUCACCUUAUCGGAGAAAUGAGCUCACCAACGUUCAUUUUGAAGGGUGUAAGAAACGUUGAUUCAGCACCUUCUUAAAAUUUGUGAAGCAGCAUCCUUUGAUGUAACAAGAUAGUGCCAACAAUUGGUUAGGGCAGUUAAUGGUUUCUAAAGAAAAUCUAUCAACCAACUUUUGCAGGACUGUAUUUGCGCAUUCUCCAUGUCACCAAUUGGCUACUAUUUAGCAAUUACAAAAAAAAUGAUGUCACAAAAAGCAGGUUUUUGAUUCUUUCAGGGGUGGCACCGGUUCAGCCCUGCAUUUACAUAAUUUUCUUGGUUACGAAAGUUUUCUUCACAGUAGAAGUGAUUAAACAAUUGGUGUUGAAAGUCCUGAAACAGCAGACUUCUGUGACAGACUCCGUAGUGGUGAUCUCUCAGUUACCUUCAACCAACUGGAGUUCUUCAAAAUGCGCCCAAAUCACAGUACAAAGGCAUUUUUGCAUUCCACCCUCAUCAAAAUGCAAAUGCACAGUAGCUGAAAAUCGAACCCAGAACCUUCCGCUUGGCAGCAGGACAUCACAUAGUCACUGAGGUUCCCUGGCAGGUUUUGGUAAAAUUAAGGCUUCCGACAUAUUGGGGCAGUAAUCCAUCAUUUCCCCUUGAUGUGUUCUUUCUUAGCGUCCCUUUAACAUGUGCAAGUCUGUCGUGGCAAAGUACAAAAGACUAACACACAUCUACCAGCCUCUGUCUAGGACCAAAGUUGUUCUUCUCCUCAGCUGUAAUUCUGCACACUCUUGAAGUCAGAUUUAGCUUUGUCAUUCUGUAGCGUAAACAGUUUGCAAAGUAUGGUGCCUGUGGUGUGCUUGUUCGAGACCCCCACUUUAAGCAUCGACCAAAGGUGUAGGGUCAAAGUGUUCCUCCUGCAGCGGUAUAUAUGUAUAUGUACAUAUAUAUAUAUACUAUUCUGGAUAAUAAAAUGCUUUCUUGCCAUA